AAAAAGUCGCCUCACAAAAUGUCGUCCAGAUCAAAGGAGAAAGUAACGGCCGCCAUUAGGAAGUUCUUCAAAAGCUCGGAAAGCAAGAGCAAGGAAAGUAAAGACAAGGACGGUAACGGCACCCACACGGCAUCCCCACCGACAGAUGCUACAGAUUCGAACCAUCUGCACCUACCCCACGGCCACCACCAUCACCCGCACCAUUCGUCUACGGUGGCGACGGCUCACAGCGGUCCGGGCGGAAGUGCCAGUGGUCCGGGUGGACCGAGCGCGGGGAAUGUGGCGGGCAGUGGGACGAAUGGGUGCGGUAGCACAGUGUCGAAUGGCAACGGUGGCAGUAAUGGUAGCAAUAGUGGCAACAGUAAAUCUACCACCGAUAGCCCCAUGCGGCGAUUACGAUGUGUUGUAGCCCCAACUACUACUCCAAUGGUGAAUGUUCCUCCAUCGAAACCUCUCGACACCACGAUCCGUUCGAGACGACUCAUGAAAGAGCUGAAGGAAAUCGAACGGUUACAACACUCCCGGACGGAUCCUUGCUUUACGGUGGAGCUGAUCAACGAUAAUCUGUACGAAUGGCACGCCCGGUUGUACCGGAUCGAUCCCGAUUCUCCGCUGGCCGAAGAUCUGGUCGAACUCAACAUACCCUUCAUCCUGCUGCAUCUAGUGUUUCCGGAAAACUUCCCCUUCGCACCACCGUUUAUGCGUGUCGUUGAGCCACGGAUUGAGAAGGGCUUUGUGAUGGAGGGUGGUGCCAUCUGUAUGGAGCUGCUGACGCCACGUGGUUGGGCGAGUGCCUAUACGGUGGAGGCGAUACUGAUGCAGUUUGCGGCGAGCUUAGUUAAGGGACAGGGGCGUGUGUCGCGGAAACCGAAAUCGGCCAAGGAUUUCAGUCGACGGUCCGCAGAGGAAGCUUUCCGAUCGCUGGUGAAAACUCACGAAAAGUAUGGUUGGGUAACGCCCGCCCUCAACGAUGGUUAGAGCGAAUUGCUACCCCU